ACUUUUCUUUUUUUCAGAAAAAUAGUUCUUCAUUUUCGAAAAUGGCUCCAACUCGUGCUGUCAUUCCUGAUGAUUUUGAGCUCCCAGUCGACGCAUUCGACAUUCCAAUCUGCUAUGACGGUGAUUUAUCCGGUGUCGUGAUUCCGGAAGGUCUUGUUAGAGAUCGUGUUCGUCGUCUGGCUAAAGACAUCCACGCUGAAAUCGGAAACAAACCAAUCGCGCUGCUCUGCGUACUCAAAGGAUCCUAUAAAUUCUUCACUGCCCUCGUCGAAGAGCUCACAAAUGCUCGCUCAUCGUGUCCUGAACCAAUGACUGUCGAUUUUAUUCGAGUAAAGAGUUACGAGGAUCAAAUGAGUACUGGACAAAUUCAAAUAAUGGGACUAUCGAAUUUGGAUGAGCUCAAGGGGAAAAGUGUGCUCGUUGUGGAUGAUAUUUCGGAUACCGGAAGAACUCUUGCAAAACUUCUCUCAACUUUACAUGAGACGGGCGUUGAGAAGACCUGGACCGCCCUUCUCCUGUCGAAACGUGUCAAACGUGUCGUGGAUGUUCCAGAGGAUUUCGUGGCUUUUGAGAUUCCUGACAAAUUUAUUGUUGGCUACGGAUUGGAUUAUAAUCAGAAAUUCCGAGAUCUCGGACAUAUUUGUGUCAUGAGCCCUGCUGGAAUUGAGAAAUAUAAAUCGGAAUAAUUUGGAUUUUUACAAUUUUUUUGAAAAAAAAAAUUGAAAUUUUUGAAUGUCUAAUUGUUUUUUUUUUGCUCUGCUAUUCCUAAUUACACUGUGAUCUGCUUUAAAUUCGUUAUUAAUUUUUUUAAAACAAAUAUACAUUAUUUUAAAAAUAUACAUGUAUUGCUUCAAAAUUGUAGUUUUUUUUUCUAAUUUUCGGUGUAUUAUGACCGUCAAGGUUUUGUCCUACAAAAUAUUUGAAAUGACCAAA